AUGUUCAACUCCAAGACAUGCCUGGCGGAAUACUCGGACACGUCGACCCUGUCUGCGAGGAUCAACCACCAUUGUCGUCUCCUGGCAACCAUCAAGACAGCGGCCAAGCCGCUGGCAGCCGCCAACUGGGGGGGGCUACACUCCUUCGCCGGAACCCCCAUGAGCGGUGGGGUCGGCCCCAGCAGCAACUCUGCUGUGCCAGGACAGCAGCCUUGCCCAGCCCAACCGUCGCAGGCGGUUCGUGGAGAAUUGACUGCAGGAGAGGGGGACAGUGGCGAGCGGGCAGGUCCUGUUGGCAGCGGCGGUGUUGCGGGCUCGCCGCCGCCGUAUGCACUAGCUGGUUUUCCUGCUAGAGCUGGAGCAGCGACGGCCAGCCCCUCUCUUGUCCCGACGGCUCUGACUGGACAACAACAAGAACGACAGCAGGAGCAGUUGCGAGGGGAGGAAGGCGGGAACGGCUGGAGUUCCCCCCGUAGCUCCCAUGGGCAGACCACCGAGGACGACAUGGACGACAUGGAAGACGACAGCGAUGACGGUGACGAGGACAAACCAGACGACGAGGUCGAAGUUGUAGCCUCUGCUGACCGGUCUCUGCAGAACCGGGACUUGGGUGGUCUUCCUGCUACUCCCAUGCAGGAGGAUGAAAGGCAGGAUGCGCAGCAGCAGCAGUUGGUGGAUGCGUUAGCGGCCGCGUCGUCGCUUGGUGACCGAACGCGCAAAGGAAACGACGGGAGCUUGCCCGACAAGGCUCCGCAGGUUGAUGAACUAUUAAUUCUGGAGGACGGGCAUGGGCACGAGAUGGGGAUGAAGAUGGUGCAACAACACCCAAAGGCGACAGAGGCGGAGGUGAAGCAGCAUGCGCUGCGGCUUCUUCAGUCCCGACUGCUGCUGCUGACGCACGCGUCGACUUGCUCGGAGGACAUCGGGGACUGCCGUCUGGCCCCGCUUUGCGACUCGGUGCAACAGCUGCUGCGGCACAUGCAGUCUUGCGGAAACAAGAAGUCUUGCGGGUUCCCCCACUGCAAGUCCUCUAAGGCCGUUCUCCACCACAAGCACAUGUGCACGGACUCGGCCUGCGGGCUGUGCGGCAGCGUGCGAGACCUGUCGCAGAAGUGCUUCUGGGCAAACGCAAGGCACAUGCACAAGCGUCGUCUGGAGGAGAGCCACGAGGAACGACGCAAGAAGCGUCAGAGUGAGGGCAAGACAGUCGCCCGGCCCCGCAAGAUACUGGCAGAGAAAGCCAAGGCAGGGAAGGAGUGCUGCUCUGGACUCGACGAACAAGGGAACGACCUGGGCGACAUUUCGCUGGGAUUUUUCCUCAGACAAGACAAGGCCGUCAAAGCACGGAAGAAGAUUAUCACAGCGGCUCAGGACAACGAUACCAACACCAACACCACCGCCACCGUCUACGCAUACACCGGCGGCAGCGGCUUGCUCCCUUGGGCUCUACAACAGCACGGCCAGGGACAGCUGCAGCGCGAGGCCGACCCUAGUACAAGCCCUUCCCCACCGGCCCGCGCCCAAGUCGGAAGCGAGCGAAGCCACGACCGCGGCACGAAGGGUCACGCCUCGGAGCUGGCGCCGUCGCAAGCUUGCGGCCAGCCGGCACAGACGUCCCCACCGCCGGCCCUUGCAUCUUCGCCGCGAUCCCCUCGGCUGGGACACCCGCGGUCCCUGUCGGUGUCGUGGUCGUCGCUGUCCUUAACGGCGUCUUCUCCGACACCGGCCGUGCUUACGGCGUCUCCAGGAGGUAUUGCUACGGCCACCGGCCGAGACGAGGUUGAUCAUGAUUCGGAGGACGUUUCCGGCGGGGGUUUCGAAGCGAGCUCCGUGGAGGCUUCCUCGGGGGGAGGGGACGGGGGACAGCGAGGCGAGAGGAAGGCGGCGGCGCGAGGCGGCGGAGGGCUGACGGUGGUGAUCCCUCCCGUCGGGUUGGGGGCUGUUGUGGGACACCUGCGGAGCCCCAGCGAGAUAAUGCUGGACGAUAUCGCGGAGUCCCUGGCGGAUACCACUCGAAAGCCUUCCUUCGCCAGGAUGCAGAGCGUUCAGGCCUUCCUCGACGACCAUGUCGAGCUUAGGGAGAGCGCCAGCUUCGGAGACGUUAGCGCGAUGGUGGAGCAGUGGAUGUCCCUCGAAGACACUGGCAAGAACACCAUGGACGCCGAUGCCGAUGCCGACAACAUGGACGAGAAUGGCAUGGGUGCCUUCAGCUUCUGA